ACCUCACGAUUCACCCCUUUAACCCUCAACCCUAGGCCACGCCAGUCAAGCCAAUAGCUGGUGAUGCUCCUCCACUCAGCAUAAAUUUUUAGCUAUCAACCAAACCCAGACGCCUUCCUCAAUCCCCUGCCUGUGGAAACCCCUAGCAAACUCGAACUUCCGACAAUUUACAAUAGAAAGAAGGGAUGGCAGAGUCACAGAAGAAGAAACAAGUUCAUCUCUUUUACUGCGUGGAGUGUGAAGACCUUGCCCGCAAAGUCGCCGUUCAAUCUGACCUCAUCAUCCUCAAAUCCAUCAACUGGAGGAAUUUCGAUGAUGGAUUUCCGAAUCUUUACAUAAACAAUGCACAUGAUAUCAGAGGUCAGCAUGUUGCAUUCCUCGCUUCCUUUAGCUCCCCAGCAGUUAUCUUUGAACAACUGUCUGUCAUAUAUAACCUGCCAAGGUUAUUCGUUGCUUCCUUCACAUUGGUUUUACCAUUCUUUCCAACUGGAUCCUUUGAGCGAAUGGAAGAAGAAGGGGAUGUAGCAACUGCAUUUACCAUGGCAAGGAUUUUAUCUAAUAUUCCCAUAUCAAGGGGUGGUCCAACAAGUCUAGUCAUCUAUGACAUACAUGCUCUGCAGGAAAGAUUUUAUUUUGGGGACCAUGUUUUGCCAUUAUUCGAGACUGGAAUUCCUCUUUUAAAGCAACGCCUUCACCAGCUCCCUGAUGCUGAUAAGAUUGUUGUUGCAUUUCCGGAUGAUGGAGCUUGGAAGCGAUUUCACAAGUUGUUGGACCAUUUUCCUAUGGUGGUUUGUGCAAAGGUUCGUGAAGGUGAUAAGAGAAUAGUUCGGAUCAAGGAGGGGAAUCCUGCUGGUUGUCAUGUGGUUAUUGUUGAUGAUUUGGUGCAAUCUGGAGGCACCCUUAUUGAAUGCCAGAAAGUUCUGGUAGCUAAUGGUGCAGCAAAAGUAAGUGCAUAUGUAACCCAUGGUGUUUUUCCGAAGCGCUCUUGGGAGCGAUUUACACAAAAGAAUGAUGGUCCAGAGAUGGCAUUUACUUACUUUUGGAUUACGGAUUCUUGCCCACACACUGUCAAAGCCAUUGCAAAUAAGGCUCCUUUUGAAGUUCUGAGUCUUGCAGGAUCCAUUGCUACUGCUCUACAAAUUUAAGAAGCAUACUAUUAUGUAUAAGAAACUAUGAUUACGAAGUGAUGCAUACCUACAAUUGGAUUAAACCUGUCUUGGCAAGAAAAAACCACUGUUUUUUGCCUCAUAAAAAAUUGCCAUACUUCUUGCUUUAAUAUUUUGUUUGAAUCACUUUCAUGCAUGACAUGCAAAUUGGUUUACCCUCAUUUCUUGGUAACUUCAAUCAUUUAAGGGAAAUUUGGUCCUCCUAGGGAAGUUUUGGAAUAUCAUAUGGUGAAAAUUACAACAAAAAAUGAAGAAAAGGAGAAAAACCAGCGAGCACUAUAGGUGCAAAUUGCAGAUGUGAAUUCGUCAAGUAUCUAUACAAACAUAAAUAAUUUCGGAGACAAUUUCACAUACAAUGAGCAGGACCAAGUGUCUGUUUAUACCCUUUCUAUACAUUUUGGAAAAAGCACUUAAGCUUAGAUUCCUCCACACACUGAUUUACCAUAUAAACAAGCAACCAUAUCUGCAGAUGAACACAGAAAAACUGAAGACCCACAGACGAUAAAAUCAAAACCCAUGAGGAUGUAAGGUCAUUAUGCACAAAUUGGCGAGCAGAGCACACCACUGCAAGAAACUUCACUCCUUGGUUCUUAGCAACCAGCCUUGCCUUAUUCUUCUCCUCAUGGUUUCAAUAUCAAUUGUUUCUCUACAUAUAAACAGAAGCUACUUGCCUCCUUUGGCUGCUACUUCCCUCCUUUGGCUGCUACUUCCCUACUGGAUUAUAUGCAGCAUCCAAUAGCUGAAAAGUGGACACUGCCUUCGAAACAAGCAUUAAUGUCUGUCAUUUGGUUUCUCUUCCCACUUUAUACACUUAAAGAUAGUACACGAUAGUUAGUACUCCUAGCUGCUUUUUAUCAAAGCUAAGAGUCUGAUUUCCAAAUGCAUUGUCAAUUCUUCUCUGGCCUCUCAUCUGGAUUGCCCUUUGGGCUAUCCAGUGAAUCUGCAGAAUAAGAUCCAUCUGGCUGA